AGACAGGGGUCGGCUGGAGAGCCGGAGCCUGAGAGGAGGCGGCGGCGGAGGCGGGGCGACUCCGGUGACCGGGAGCGCCUCAGACUGGCAGCUGCGGCGACUCCCCCCUUUGUGUCUGGUCUGCUCGGAACCAGUGGAGGUGCUUCCCGGAGGGGCUCAGGGUGUUUCGCAAGCUCUGCUGCCCACCCCUUCGUCGGCCACCUACGUCCGUCUUCCCGCCGCCCCCCGCCCUCGGCCCGCGACGCCCGAGCUCCGCCCGGAGCCCAGAGCUGCGGAGAACGAGGUGGCGGCGGCGGCGGCGGCGGAGGCUUUCUCCAGAGGGGCAGUGAUUCGCUCACGCAAGCCAUCGACGGGAGGAGAAGGGGCUUUCAUGGUGGAAUUUACUUAAGGCAAGAGCGAGGGGCUGGAGUAGCCGAGAGCGAGGCCGCGGGCGGAGAGCCCUGGAAGGGCCAGCCCCGCACCUCCCCGCGUGUCGCUCGCCGGGGCUCGUCGCGCCGCCGCGACCCUCCCCUCCCCCGCGACCCGAGGCCGGGCCUUCCCGACCCUCGCGCGAUUGUUCCGAGGAAGCUGUGGGCUCGCCCAUGGAAGCAGGCACCUUUUUCGACCCAGUCGGUGGGAAAGAUUUGUUGAUGUCGAAAUCCGAGUGAAGGAAGCAACGAAGCGAAACUUUAAAAGGAACCCCACUGUCCUCCGAGUCGGGAGCGAUGCGACUCGGGCGGCCGGGCGCCGCUGCCUGCCCCGCUUCGCCCUUCCCGGUGGUCGGGAACUUGUUCUGAUCCUCAGUGCUCCCAUCGAGUCCCCGCCCUCCACCCCUCGGCACUCUGGAUAUGUUUUCUCCCAGAUCUGGAUAUUUUUUUGAUAUUGUGAAACUACGAGGGAAAUAAUUGCAGGGGUUUCUUCUGGGCUCCCUGCUUCUUCCCCACGGACAUGCCUUCAGUCUGGGGUGUCGAGGCACCCCGUCCUAGGCGAAUGAAGCCCCCCAGCCACGAGGGAGCGAAAUGAAGGGAAAUUCUGCAGUGGAAUGAGAGCUCUACAAGCUAGGUCUUCGCAUCUGCCAUUUGUCCUUUCAAACUGCAUUGUAAUCCGGGCAGGAUAAAUCAGACGAAGAGCAGCCUCCUGGCCGGAUUUCUCCGCCCGAAUUUACUUUCCAGAUUUCUUUUAUUUGCCCUCCUGCUUCUUGGCUGGCCCAGGGAUGACUUCCUCGCUGCAGCGGCCCUUUCGGGUGCCCUGGCUGCUAUGGGCCGUCCUGCUGGUCAGCACUACGGCUGCUUCCCAGAAUCAAGAACGGCUGUGUGCAUUUAAAGAUCCAUAUCAACAAGACCUUGGGAUAGGUGAGAGUCGAAUCUCUCAUGAAAAUGGGACAAUAUUAUGCUCCAAGGGGAGCACAUGUUAUGGUCUGUGGGAGAAAUCAAAAGGGGACAUCAAUCUUGUGAAACAAGGAUGUUGGUCUCACAUUGGUGAUCCCCAAGAGUGUCACUAUGAAGAAUGUGUAGUAACUACCACCCCACCCUCAAUUCAGAAUGGAACAUACCGUUUUUGCUGCUGUAGUACAGAUUUAUGUAAUGUCAACUUUACUGAGAACUUUCCACCUCCUGAUACAACACCACUCAGUCCACCUCAUUCAUUUAAUAGAGAUGAAACAAUAAUCAUUGCUUUGGCAUCAGUUUCUGUAUUAGCUGUUUUGAUAGUCGCCUUAUGUUUUGGAUACAGAAUGUUGACAGGAGACCGGAAACAGGGUCUUCACAGUAUGAACAUGAUGGAGGCAGCAGCCGCAGAGCCCUCUCUUGACCUGGAUAACCUGAAGCUGCUGGAGCUGAUUGGACGGGGCCGUUAUGGAGCAGUAUAUAAAGGUUCCUUGGAUGAGCGUCCAGUUGCUGUAAAAGUAUUUUCUUUUGCAAACCGUCAGAAUUUUAUAAAUGAAAAAAACAUUUACAGAGUGCCUUUGAUGGAGCAUGACAACAUCGCUCGCUUUAUAGUUGGGGAUGAGAGGCUCACUGCAGACGGGCGCAUGGAGUAUUUGCUUGUGAUGGAGUAUUAUCCCAAUGGAUCUCUGUGUAAAUAUCUGAGUCUCCACACAAGUGAUUGGGUAAGCUCUUGCCGUCUGGCUCAUUCUGUCACUAGAGGACUGGCUUAUCUUCACACAGAAUUACCACGAGGAGAUCAUUAUAAACCUGCAAUUUCCCAUCGAGAUUUAAACAGCAGAAACGUCCUGGUAAAGAAUGACGGCACCUGUGUUAUCAGUGACUUUGGUUUGUCCAUGAGGCUGACUGGAAAUAGGCUGGUGCGCCCAGGGGAAGAAGAUAAUGCCGCCAUAAGUGAGGUUGGCACAAUUCGCUAUAUGGCACCAGAAGUGCUAGAAGGAGCUGUGAACCUGAGGGACUGUGAAUCAGCUCUGAAGCAAGUGGACAUGUAUGCGCUUGGACUGAUAUACUGGGAGGUGUUUAUGAGGUGUACAGACCUCUUCCCAGGUGAAUCUGUACCAGAUUACCAGAUGGCUUUUCAGACAGAAGUUGGAAACCAUCCCACAUUUGAGGAUAUGCAGGUUCUUGUGUCAAGAGAAAAGCAGAGACCCAAGUUCCCAGAAGCCUGGAAAGAAAAUAGCCUGGCAGUGAGGUCACUCAAGGAAACAAUCGAAGACUGCUGGGAUCAGGAUGCAGAGGCUCGGCUCACUGCACAGUGUGCCGAGGAGAGAAUGGCUGAACUCAUGAUGAUAUGGGAGAGAAACAAGUCUGUGAGCCCAACAGUCAACCCAAUGUCGACUGCUAUGCAGAAUGAACGCAACCUGUCACAUAAUAGGCGUGUGCCAAAAAUCGGGCCUUACCCAGAUUAUUCCUCUUCCUCAUAUAUCGAAGACUCCAUCCAUCACACUGACAGCAUUGUGAAGAAUAUUUCCUCUGAGCAUUCGAUGUCCAGUACGCCAUUGACAAUAGGAGAAAAGAACCGAAACUCAAUUAAUUAUGAACGACAGCAAGCACAAGCUCGAAUCCCUAGCCCAGAAACAAGUGUCACAAGCCUGUCCACAAAUACAACCACCACAAACACCACAGGCCUCACUCCAAGUACUGGCAUGACCACUAUAUCUGAGAUGCCAUACCCAGAUGAGACACAUUUGCAUGCCACAAAUGUUGCACAGUCGAUUGGGCCAACCCCUGUCUGCUUACAGCUGACAGAAGAAGACUUGGAGACUAAUAAGCUAGACCCAAAAGAAGUUGAUAAGAACCUCAAGGAAAGCUCUGAUGAGAAUCUCAUGGAGCAUUCUCUGAAGCAGUUCAGUGGGCCAGACCCAUUGAGCAGUACCAGUUCUAGCUUGCUUUAUCCGCUCAUAAAGCUUGCGGUGGAAGUGACUGGACAACAGGACUUCACACAGGCUGCAAAUGGGCAAGCAUGUUUAAUUCCUGAUGUUCCGCCUGCUCAGAUCUAUCCUCUCCCUAAGCAACAGAACCUUCCUAAGAGACCUACUAGUUUGCCUUUGAACACCAAAAAUUCAACAAAAGAACCCCGGCUAAAAUUUGGCAACAAGCACAAAUCAAACUUGAAACAAGUAGAAACUGGAGUUGCCAAGAUGAAUACAAUCAAUGCAGCAGAGCCUCAUGUGGUGACAGUAACUAUGAAUGGUGUGGCAGGUAGAAGCCACAAUGUUAAUUCCCAUGCUGCCACAACCCAGUAUGCCAAUGGGACAGUGCCAUCUGGCCAGACAGCCAAUAUAGUGGCACAUAGGGCCCAAGAAAUGCUGCAGAAUCAAUUUAUUGGUGAGGAUACCAGGCUGAAUAUCAAUUCCAGUCCUGAUGAGCAUGAACCUUUACUGAGACGAGAACAACAGGCUGGCCAUGAUGAAGGGGUUCUGGAUCGUUUAGUAGACAGGAGGGAACGGCCAUUAGAAGGUGGCCGAACUAAUUCCAAUAACAACAACAGCAAUCCAUGUUCAGAACAAGAUGUCCUUACACAAGUUGUUACAAGCACAGCAGCAGAUCCUGGGCCAUCAAAGCCCAGAAGAGCACAGAGGCCGAAUUCUCUGGAUCUUUCAGCCACAAAUAUCCUGGAUGGCAGCAGUAUACAGAUAGGUGAGUCAACACAAGAUGGCAAAUCAGGAUCAGGCGAGAAGAUCAAGAGACGUGUGAAAACUCCAUACUCUCUUAAGCGGUGGCGCCCGUCCACCUGGGUCAUCUCCACCGAGCCACUGGACUGUGAGGUCAACAACGGCAGUGACAGGGCUGUCCAUUCUAAGUCUAGCACUGCUGUGUACCUCGCAGAGGGAGGCACUGCCACAACCAUGGUGUCUAAAGAUAUAGGAAUGAAUUGUCUGUGAGAUGUUUUCAAGCUUAUGGAGCGAAUUAUUUUUUUUGCAUCAUUUAAACAUGCAGAAGACAUUUAAAAAAAAACAAAACUGCUUUAACCUCCUGUCAGCACCCCUUCCCACCCUUGCAGCAAGGACUUGCUUUAAAUAGAUUUCAGCUAUGCAGAAAAUUUUAGCUUAUGCUUCCAUAUUUUUCAAUUUUGUUUUUUAAGUUUUGCACUUUUGUUUAGUCUCGCUAAAGUUAUAUUUGUCUGUUAUGACCACAUUAUAUGUAUGCUUAUCAAAAGUGGUCUCAAAAUAUUUUUUUAAGAAAAAAGCAAAAACAAUGUAUUUACUGAUUAUCAGUUUGGACCAUUUUCUAAAGGUCAUUAAAACAGAAGCAAAUUAAGACAGGUUUGACUGCAAUGGUGUCUGGUAUCCAUGUUUUAUUUCUGGGCACAAGCUAGUUUUUAUGUUAACGUGUUUUUGACCAUAAUCUGUUGGACAUUCUUUUCUCUUGUAUUUUAUUUGAAUGUGCAAUAGUCUAUAGACCACAAAGAAGCUUUCUUAUCUGCUCUCUUCCUAGCAGAGCACACAUUCUUCCAUUGUUGAAACAUUUUCCCCUGUUCUUCGAUAAUAUGAACAUUCUCUAGCUUUCUCCUUAUGGAGAUGCAUAGAAGCUAUCCAAAGGGCUCCACAAAGGACUUACCAAAACCCUUUUGAAAUGCCAUUGUCUUCUAACCUUCCAAAUGCUAGUGUUUCCUUCCAGGCAUUUUAACAAGUGUAUCUGGUUCUGAUUUUGGAAGUUCAUAAGAGAGCGUAGAACAAAACAGAAGAAAGCAAAUAUUAGCCUUUUCCAUUUUAUUUUUCUAUGUAUAUGUUCAUGUCUGUAUUCAUUAUUUAAGAAAUAUUUUUUAUCAGAAAAUGUAUAGAGCUAAACCUACAUGGAAUUUUUAAAUGAGUAGCUGGGCAAGAUGAUUAGUAUAGUAACUGACCAUCACAAAUUAAAUUACAUUUUCUAUUUAUAAUAACUUCAGAAGUAAGUGGUAGUUGAUUUGAAUCUAUAGUACGAUUCAUUGUUUCCCAGCAUAGCCUAUGUGAAAAACGAUUCCUCCUCCCAUGACCUAAAACACUGUGGAAAGCUCAUCCAAUCAGCACGCCAGAUCCCUGUGGAAGAAAGGCUUGCUGCCAACCUUACCACCAAUGAGCAGACUAAGAUUGACCCUCUGCCUUUCCUAAGUUUAUUUCUUCAAUAAUCCUGGUUUUGUAGUUCCUCUUUUUGCCAGUUUCACGUGUUCUUUCAUUUUUGAGCAGCAUUCACUAUGUAUGUUGUAGUAGAGCAUGCUUCUGGUGAUGGUGUGCCAUGACGACAUCACUGUCACAGACUUCUGGUGAUGGUGUGCCAUGAUGACAUCACUGUCACAGACUUCUGGUGAUGGUGUGACGUCACGCUGCUUUUGCUUCUUUUGUCACUAAUGAUUUCUGAAACAAGAGUCUCUUUGUCUUUUAAUAAAGCACUUUCUGUCAAAAACUUAGGAAUUUUUCCUAAAUAUUGCUUUUUAUCAGUUUGCAGACAAAUCGUUCUCAUGUUUUUUCAGAUUCUCAAAAUUCUUAAUAUUCAUUAUCUGAUUAUGUUUUUAAUUUUAGCAGGGAGAUAGAUAAAAAGUUAAGUGCAAAUCUCCAAAAAUUCCUGAUUUUGGUUCUCAUGUCCUGAACACUGUUUUCUCAUCUGUAAUCCUCUUUCCUUUCAUUUAACUCGUGCACGAGCUUCCUUCAGUUGCCAUCUGCCAUGCUCUGGUGUCACAACAUUUACCGUUUAUUCAGCUGACUGGAACUCUCAGUUAUUAGGAUUAAGAUUAUCUCACUUGUGCCCAGGAUUACUUUCUCACCUUUGUGUUUCAUUGACCCCUCUUGUGGUUCAGAGUCUUAAUACAUGUUUUUGUCUUCUGGCAUACAGUUUUUUUUUGUUUUUGUUUUUGUUUUGUUUUUUCCUAAUUAGUUACUGUCUUUUGUCUAUGUAACAAAUAAUUUCACUCAUUUCUUCUGUCUAAAUGGCUUUCAAAUGCAUUUCAGAAUUUUUAUUUUUCAGUUGUAGGACAACUUUAAAUCAAAAUAAAUUAUAUUCCUCCCAUCUCCAACUUGAAACAUUAAGAAUAAAUGACCCUCUGAGGUCCAGCUGAUCUUUUCCCAUCAGAAAAAAUUAUCUUACAUUCUGAUAUAGUUUGUAUUAGGGCCAGUCAGUUGUGAAUUUUCCAAGUUCUUAAUGUUUAAUAAUAGUAUGCUUUAAAAAUUAAUAUGCCAGAUAAAAGAAAUCUCUAUAGCUUCUCUCUCAUGCAAAUAUAUUUAAAACAAUUCAUUGAACUGCUUGAAGAAUAGGAAAGGUAGUAAGUAUAGGUCAUUUUAAUCAAUUUGAAAUCUGUAAUACACAGCAUGCAGAAAUCCCUGUAAUAAAUUACUAGUUAGAUUUAUUUAAUUUGAUUCUUGAAGCUGAAAUGGAAUUUACCUCAAAAUUUCACACACAAAAAUUAAUUUUAGGCCAUUUGAAUAAAAAUCGAUUUAAAAAGAUUUCUCUGGACAGUAAUAUAAUUUUAAAAACAUCAUAAUAGGGCAUCAGAUAUGAUGUUAGUUCCCUUAAGAAAAUAUGAGUUGCAGGGCUGGAGAGAUGGCAUCACAGUAACAGUGCUUCCUGUGCUUACAGCAGACCCAAGUUCAGUUCCCAGCAGCUACAUACAUGGCAGCUUACAACUUCCACAGAAUCCAAUUCCCUUUCUGGGCCUCCACUGACAUGCACAUAACACCCCAUCCCAUACAACACACACAUACACAUAACUAUAAAGACAAAAGUAAAUCUUAAAAUACUAGUUAUAUGCCAGAGCUAAGUAAUAGAAAGAACUUGAUUUGAAUUCUGAAUAGAAUAAAAUUAUUUAAAUAAAAAUCCUAAUUUAAGUGUAUAAUUUUAAAAACUCUGCUACUGUAGAUGUUUGUGAAGACAUGCUAAAAACUGGCAUUACAUACACUUAUUUUUCAUCCUCAGAGCAACAAUAUUAUAAUUAAUAUUUAUAUUUACAAAUGAGGAAAUAAAAAUUAAGAGGAAAUUUGUCUAAGUUUCAUACCCAGACACACUGGGUAUUUCACCCUGGGUCUGUCUCUCCAUGUGUCUUUUAUGCACAACACACGGUCUACAUUCUUUCUGAACUGAUGUACAGUGUCCUGACAUACUGUACUCCAGCAGAUGUGUGGUUUGUGUGUAAGCCAAAAUGGUACCUUAAUGAUCUUAAGUUAGGUAAACAUAAAGGUCCAUAAUCAUUAUUGCUUUAAAACAGUUACUAAUUCAAUACAAAAUUCAGCCUACAUUUUAAAAGCUGUUUUAUCUGUCUCCAAGUAUUUUUACAUUGCAGAGUGAAAGGCAAAGUAAAUGCUAAGAAAAAAGUGAAGGGGGCAAAGUGAGCAGGGGCUCCUUAACUGAUCCCAUACCUCACUUGGGAAAAAGAGUUGCAUGUAAACUCGCAGUCUUCUCAAUCCUUUGACUUCCGUCUUUAAAAUGUCAGCUUUACCAAUGUCAGAAAAAUUGUUAAUCCAGAGAACUAAAUCUGUACAAAGAAUACGAGGUCAAUCCCCUCUUUAUAAAGCAGGCUAGUAUAGGCUUCUGUGCGUGUGUGUACUUGUUCCAGAGCCUGUAUGUUGGUUCUGAAUGAGAACAUAAGGAGCACUCCCAUCAGUGGGAAUUACAGAUUUCUUUAAAAUAUUUCCAAGUUUGACUUCUGAAUCCCAAAGAACGCCUGAUAUGGUACAGCUAUCACAUUGUACUUUUACUCUCUGUUAAUUAGUCAUUUAAAAUAGAAAAAAAAAUCAUAAAUGUUGUUUCCUCUUACCAUGUUUGUGGACAUAAAUAUUUCAUUGGGAGUCACUUUUAGAAUUUGAUAUUGUAUUAUAUCACAUUUUAUAAACCUAUGUUGAGCUUAGUACCAGUCAUGUAUAUGUUAUUACAUAACUAUCCACAGAUUUUUAAAAAUAUAUAAUUACCUAUAUCCUUAACUUCUUAAAAGAUUCUGCACACAUUCUAAUUCUACUGUUCUAGACUAGUCAUUCUAGGAAGUGUGUAACAUUCCCUCACAGGCCCUAGGAAUCUCUUUUAGGCUAUGAUAAUUUUAAAUACUCACACCCUUGAGUAGCAGUGGGCUAUGGUGUAUUUUGUUCUUUGGAUUUUUUUUCCCAGAAGAUAAAGUUGCAUUUUAACUUUUUUUUUUAGAUCAUGAUCUAUGCAAACUUCAUCCAAAAAAUACCUUACAUGACCCCUCCCUUACUGUGCUCCUUGAUUAUAUCAGUCUAGUCAGUGACUUCCUAGGCUACUUGACAAAGGUUAUUAUCAAAAAAGGCUUUUCUGUAAGUGUCCACAUUAACACAGAGGAAAUCCCCAUGUGCCCAAAGAGGUGGUAACACCCACCUGUUCCUGUCUUUAAGUCUCUCAUGAUUUAUACCGCCUGUCCCUCCACUAUCUGACUUGCAGUCAUGUGUCAGGAAAGUCUUUUCAUACCUGUUCUAUCUCUCUUGUUUGGCUUAAGGUCUGUUUCACAUACCUAGUAAGGAGAAGAUAUGGCUAUCCUCUCUAACACUCUUCAGUCAGCUUCAGGCUUCUCAACACCAGUUCAUCAAUAAAAUUGUUCCAGUUCCUUUAGGGUUUUUUCUUUUCAAAUCUAUUUUAAUUACUUUAUUUAUAUUUAAAAGCACUAAAACUCUGUUAUAUCCAAAUUAAUUACUCCAGUUAAUUUAUAGCACAGUAGUCUGAUAGAAUUGAAAAUAAAGCUGUUACCGUUGGAUUUGAUCAUCAAACCACCUGAAAAUCAGCACCUAAUUUUUGUAUUAUCUAACAUUUUUCUAUUAAAGUAUGUUUUAUGAUUUUUAUAUCUGUACAGAUAUAACUAAAAAGACAUGCAUACAUAAUUGUGUAUUUUUUUCCAUUAAAGUCUAACCUAUGUUACAGUAUAAUAUUAGUAUUAUAUGUUUGGGUAUUAUGAUUGAACCACAACAAAUAUUAUAAAUUUCUCUUUAUCAAAUACUGUAUUAAACACUAAAUGCAAAACUAAUUUUCAAAAGUAGACCCUAUAAAAAUCAGGUAUUCAUGAAUGUUUUUGUAUUUUUGUAGACCACUUUUGAAAUGCUUAUCAUUGUUUUUGCAGCAUAGACUGGAUUAAAACAAUUUUUAUUUUAACUUUCAAGUGAUUAAAGCUAGGUGUUUGCAUAGAAAGGAAAUCCUUAAAAAUUUAUCCCACGGCAUAUAAAUUUUGAGAAGCUAUACUUAAUGUUAAGAUUAUGCCCCCAAAUAAAUCUAUUGAGUCUUUUUAAAAUUUUCACUUUUGUUAUUACUGAUGUUUGUGGUGUUUCUAAUGAUCAUUGUAAACGUACACACUCACUUGUCAAAUGUAGUUUGCAGCCACAUUAAAAUCUGGAGGAGAAAGAAUCUUUACAGCUGUAUUGCUUUAUUAGGGUGUCUAGUUUGUAACUGAAUUUAAAAAAAAAAUUGACUGUACUUGAAUUUACAACUUGACUGUUCUUUCUUUUUAAAAUGCUUUUCCCCCAUUUAAUUUGUAUUUUAAAUUCCAGAAACAUCUUCAUGGUUUGGAAUCACUUUUAGACAUAGUAUUACUUAAAAACUCAGGGCCCCUUUCAUCUGUUUGUACACUGAAAGAGUUCAGUUGCUAACAAACAAUUAGAUCUAGUUGAAUAUUUCAAAGUAUUUGUUGCAUAGUAAUGUUUCAUCAUAUUGUUUGGCUUAAUUCACAUCAACAUGAUGUUUGAUUUUAUUAAUCAUAAAACUUGCCCAGUUCUGUAAUUACUGAAUAAAAGGAAUGACUCAACUAAUUGGCCACAUGUUACAGCAGAUUUAAGCCUUGGAGUUGAAGCACUGGCUUAAACACUUUCUGUUCUUGGUUCUGUGGAUAUACAUGAUGGGGCAAAUGUUUCAUUCUGUUUUGUUUUUUAAUAACAAGAUUAGGAAAGAUAAUUCUGAGAUAGAAUUUUCUUACAGGAUAAUUAGCAUUAUAAGACUUUAUAAAAGUGAUCUGACGGCUCUAGCCUUGGUGACAGCUUGGUGGCUUUAAGAAGGUGAGCUAUGGUGACCAGCUUUUCACAUUGUCAGAGCCAAACAGUUGUUCUUUGAGUCCACAAACUCAAAUUCUAAUUGGUCUGCUGUAUAUUUAAAUCUUUGCAGUUAGUUUUUUGUAAUCAGUCUCUUGUCUCAGGCUCCCUGCCUUGUUAUCAGUCUUAGCAUAUAAAAGAAACAUUUGUAAAGAUGUAUAAGAAUAAGAAAACUAAUGACUAAAAAAUGCAAUUCAAAGCAAUUAGGUUUCAAUUUAAUAUUGAGUUGCUUUACUUCUGUGGCUUUUAUUCUUCUUGUAAUAGUUAUUUAUUUAAGCAAUGUUGUAUGCCUUGUCUUCAUUUCUAUAGAGAUUGUAUUGUAUGUGUUUGUGUAAGCUGGAAUCAUCCUUGAUUUUCUGUUGCUAAUUUUUCAAAUCAAUUUACAUAGAUAACUAUAAAAUACACUAACUCUUAGGGUGUUAAUAGCUGAAACAUGGAGAUGUGUAGCUGCCAUGCUUUUUCUGAGUGGACAGGCGAAACACAAGCUACCAAGUCUUGAUUUCUGAGGAUGCUUUUUAGGAGAAGAAAGGCUGACAAUACUAGCACUUCCUCAGAACGCUCCUUGUUAACGGGUAUCUUUUGUUGGUGUGUUUUGCUCUUACCUUACAGAUAGAAUAUCGUGUGUGACUUUAUGAAUAAUUACUUUCAAUCAUUUUGCUUUUGUGUAAGCCAUCUGAGACUUGCUACUAUGCUGUGUAAGUUGUGUGAUGGAGCAGCGUGAGUAUGAAAUAAAGCGGAUCACUUUCCUUUUGUAUUAUCUAUGGAUGCCACUAUGAACGCUGACAUUAAGCCACUAAAGAGUUUUCUAUGAAUAAGUGUAAGUAAAUGCUUUGAUAUAUAGAAACCUAAAUAAAAAGAUUGUAUUGAGACAGAGACAUUGGCAAAGGAAGUUUUAAGGCAGUUCUUUAGGUUUAAAAGGCUUGCUGUAAAAUGGUGCAUUAUUCCAUUUAUUAAAGAUCAUAUUAAUGACAACA